CACUAACUAGUACCCGCCUAAAACCCUUGAAUUCAAAAUCAUCUUACAUGUAUAUAUACAUACACCUUCAUCUAGCUUUCACAAAUAUCCAAAUAAUAGUCUCUCAAACAUUUUUCAUAACAAUUAUUACAAUAUUCUUGUUUCAUUUAAAUUGUUAGAUAUGAAGAAUAUGCCACAAAAUUUGAUUGUUAUAGUCAUUCUUAUCGGAAUUCGUAUCGGUCUUUCCUAUGGUCAAAGCAACAAACACCCGUCUUUUGAUUCAUCUAAACCAUAUGCUUUCUUCAAUUCAAAGAAAUAUCCUUAUGAUCCAUUCAAAUCACGAGAUUACUUGCCUAAACAAAAACACCUGCCUCAUAAUCCAUUUGAAUCACGAGGGUACUUGCCUAAAAAGAAACAUCAUUCACAUGAUCCAUUCAAUUUUUGGGAUCAUUUCCAUCCAAAGGAACAACCCUCUUAUGGUCAAGUGAGACCAUGGGGUUGGCAACCACGUAACCAAUUGACAUGUCAUAGGUUUCCUAGGAUUUGUCACGUCAAAGGUAGUCAUGGCCAAGAUUGUUGUAAGAAAAGGUGUGUGAAUGUUAAAAUUGACAAUCAUAAUUGUGGGAUGUGCGGUUUGAAGUGCAAAUUUCCCGAGACAUGUUGCAAUGGGAAAUGUGUGAACUCUUCGUAUAAUAGAAAGCAUUGUGGGAGUUGCAACAACAAGUGCAAUAGAGGAAGCAUGUGUUAUAAUGGCAUGUGUAGCUAUGCAUAAACAUGCAUAAGUAACUAUAAAAGUAUAUGCAUAUAAUAUGUUUGAGGAUCAAACUAUCCUAUCAUAUAUUCAUAUAGAUGCAUAUAUAUAAGUGUUGGUACGUAGAAGUAAACAAAUUCAUUAAAUUACUUAAUAAUUCUUUUUGAUAGUAAGAAUACUAAUUCUACUUUUUGACACUAUUCAUCGAUCACUUAAUUUGUAUUUUAUUCUCAAUCUAAAUGUUAAAAU